AUGUAUGGUACUGGUGUUGGUACCACCAUGGAUAUGAAGCAAGGAUGUUCGAAGCCGGUUUUGGGAAAGCUCAAAAUUCCGCCGUCUCCGAUCCUAAUCCGUUCAACUUCAAAAUGCCAGGUGUGCACCGCUGAUGGAGCCACAUUACAUUACGGCGGAGUGGUGUGUGGAGGCUGCAAAAUUUUUUUCGCCAGAGCUGUACAACGAAAAAUCUACUACGUGUGCGAAAAGUCCGGUACCUGUCAAAUGACAUCAGGGAAAAGAUCCAAGUGUCGAUCAUGUCGGUUCCAACGAUGUUUGAAAGCACGAAUGUGUCCUGAAGAGGUUGGAAAGCUGAAGGAUAUGAAGGUCCCAAAUCGUCCAGUUAGCCAGCCUAAAGAGGAAAAGAAUGUUGUGCCUUAUUUCGAUCUACGAGCUCUUCGCUGCUCAAAAUGCGAAGAGAUACAGAACAUAAAAGUGCCUAUGUUGGAAAGACUCGGAGAAGCAGAAGGAGUCAAAUCUAUUGCAAGGAUGUUCACGAAUUUGGAGAGGGCAUGCGACAACGAAGCAUACCUCUCUCAUGUGCCUGGUCGCUACUACUGUGAUCUUGAUGUACCUCUAACUCAAGCAAUGCAAAAUCCGUACCUUGUAUCGGAACGAACACCGGUAUGCUGGCGUGCCUCGAGGCCUCUCGAAGAUCCAGAGGACGUUUUAAAGCCUUCAUAUUGUCGUCUCGUACUGCACUACUUAGAAUGGUUGUCCGCAAUUGAAGACUUCAUGGUUUUCGACGAAACCCAAAGGAUUCGACUCAUCACAAGUCACAUGAUUCCUACGAUUCUACUAACCUUGGGUUUCAACACGAUCAAGCACGAGAGUCCCAACCUUCUACUCUGUAACAGCUUUUUUUUCUCAAAGAAAAAGUUUGAGUCCAUGGAAUACGGACUUAAAGUUGCUCUACUUGUGGAUGAAUUGGAAACAACAAUCAUAGCAAAACUUCGCGAACUACAUGUGUGUGAGGAGGAGUACGUGCUACUAAAAUUAGUCCUUUUGUUCACCAACAGAGAUGUUCUUGUCGGGGAGAUAGCUGAGACCAUGAAGCAGAUUCGCAGCAAAUAUGUAUAUUUGCUGGUGCAUGUGGUCAAGAGCUCUCUAAAAAGCCAACCUGUAGAAUUGAUUGAUCGAUUGCACGCACUACUCCAGCUUCUGGCACCACUAACUAGUAUAUCAGAGGUUGUCGAGUUAUGCCUUGUCCACAUCGUUGCUCUGGACAUAGCAGGAAUGCGUGGACAACUUACUUUCGAUCUUCACUUGCGAGAAUACUUGUAG